GUUCUCUAUUUCAAACACAAGUACCAAAGGCAUUCGUGGCGCACAAAGACGAAUUGCGAAAACACGAGCGAGGGCCGGCGCAAUUUCAUUUCAAAUUGCUUUUCAGUCAAAAGUUGAAGUUGUUAGCACUUGGAAAAUUAAUAACAGCAAUUUUAGAUAGUGUAUCAGUCACUGGUGGCCUCAGCGAAAUGGGUGCAACAGCUCAGACAGCGAUUGAGUCAUUCAAAGCUAACAUCUACAAUUCACGGUGCGCUCAAGCUUUACUUUGUGGGAUAGCAUGCCACUUAGCAGCAUAUUUUGUAGCGAUUUUGCCUCUGGCUGCUAUCAACACAAGCUUCUACAGCGUGGCAAGUCACUGGUGGGCGCUUCUGCAUCCAACAUCAUGGCUGUAUUUGCUAGUUAUUGUCGGUCUGACAUGUGCAAUGGGCUUCAUUCACGCAGCCUGGUAUUCAGUAAAGCCAAUUACUUUCUCAAGCUGGCUGAACUGUAUGGCCCACCUCACAAGCAAACACAUUCUGGGAACCAUAGCAAGUCACAUGGUCAUCUCAGCAUUUUUGAUGAGAAGCUAUCUGGGACUGUUCGGUUCAACGGAAAUAGCAAACCUGUUCGUGCCAUGCCAAGAUGAUAAGAACCAUAAGUGCAUCAAUGAAAAGCACCUGUUCCUGGUGUGCCAAGCUGCAUUCAGUAGCAUAUUUGCCAGUGUCAGCUACUUCUGUGACAACAGGAACCUAGUCACUUUCCCAGUAGCCCAGCAGCCACUAUCUGAGAGACUGACCAAUGUCCUGAAGGGCAACCUGUGGAUGGCAACGAUGGAGAACCUGCAGACAAUGAAGUGGUUCUACCUGUUCUACUUCCUGCAUGGCAACUGGCUGUGUGGCUUCUUCACCAACAACAUCGAUGUAGCAAGAGAGGGUGUUGCAGUUGACUCUGUGUUCGGCCUCCUCAGUGUCACCCUCUUCCUCAAUGCCUUUACUCUCGGCACGCUCUCCAGGUUUGUGUUCCAGAUGGGCCUCUCCAUCUUUGAGACCUUCCAGACUGAGGCUCUGACCCUGGAGGUGAAAUCCACCCAGGAAGCUGCCUCACCAAUGGCCAUGACUGCUGCCAUGGAGGCCACUAGCUGCCCCCUUCUCCAACACCUCGCCUUCCUGGACUUCAGUGAGCUGGCGCGGCGCGGGGCGGACCGACGCGCGCCUGCCUUCUCACUCAGCCAGCCGGGUGGCCACCCGCACACCUUCAACCAACUAGCGACCUCCUCCCUGGGGCAGAUCACCAGCCUCACCCAGCGUCUGGAAACUGCCCUAGCUCCACCAUCCGACAACAACAACUCACCACCAGUCGCCGCCAACAAACCCGACUUCACCGGGCUGCGUGACCUCACCGGGGGCGCUCCUCCGCGUCCGGCAGCCGCACCGAAACGCUCAGAGGUUGCCGUGCUACUGGACCGUCUCCGCGGCUGGCUCGAGCGUCGUCCCCUCCUCGGCGCUCUUCUGACCGAGUGGCCCGACUCACGACCCGCAGCAGCUCUGGCCGACGGCCGUCCCGCUCUCUGGGCCGUCAGUGGUCUCAGCGCGCUCGGAGUCGCCUCACUGACUGAAGACCGCUACGGCGUGGCGCAGAGACACCUGGGUCCGCUCCUGCGCGCGCUCCUCGAGCUAGCAGCCGUGCUGGAGCGGGUCCGUCGCCUCGCCGGCUGUGCGGGCCGCGGAGGAGGCGGUGCUCCCGUACCUCGUCUGGCGUCUGGUCUCCGAGCUGCUACCGCUACGGCGCUGUUCAGGCUCACGGCCACCUUCGGGCCUCACCUGCGCAGCCUGGGACUCAGUGAUAAAGAGCUGGCCCGUCUGGAGCCCUACAGGCUCUACACAGAGGGAUAGUGGUGAUAGAGCGCGAGUUGAUGUGCAGAUGAUGAGAUGAGAAGUGCGAGUUACGACUCGAGACACGCUGCCAUGAGUGCGCGACUGCAGGUGAUUGAUACAGUGGAUCGGACUCAGGCACGACCCGCUGGAGAGUUUGACAACAGUGCUGAGAGUGGACCGAUCUCGGUACUUUCGUGGAUUACCAGUGAAACCAUCGGUUGGACUGUGAGCGCAGUGUGAUAGCGGAAGAAGGCAACGGACGUGCUUGGGUUUGGAGAGAUCUCCGCGCUCGCUUGACCUGGUUGGUCCACAUACUCUGGAUUCUGAAAUGUAUCUGAGCUUGUCAAAGUGCGAUUGGUGUGGCCAGGACAUGACGUUAUGUUGCGGUGUUCGACUUUGUAAGAUUGGAUGGGUAAAAGUCCAACUGCUGUUGUGAUGCAUGUAUGUGGGAGAACGUGAAUACGUUUUGUGGUAGGUGUAUAACUGGUUAGUCACACCUUUUUGUAAAGUUUCUUCAAGUGUCUUGCUAAUAUCCACUUGUGUUUUCCAAUAAAGCUGAUCUUUCUGUUAAGCA